CAUUUACGCCCUAGUAACCAUCCAGCUGUCAUGCAAAGCGUACGCGCACAAUGCAUAAACUCUACCUGUUUUGUGUUUGUCUCGCCGCAACCGUCGCCGCUGAGAGCUACAACAUCCUGGGCAUAUUCCCGUCUCCGGACCGCAGCCACCAUCUCACGUACCGGCCGCUGUUCCGGGAGCUCUCCGCCCGCGGCCACCAGGUCACCCUCAUCACCCACUUCCCGCUGCCGGCGCCGCCACCCAACUACAAGGAAAUACUGCUCAGCAAGUCCCCGGUGCACAAAGGACUGUCCUUUGAGUCAGUGAUAGUGAAUGAAGUAUCUCGAGUGCCGUUCGAGACGCUAGUGACGACAAAGGCCGGCAACGAUGACUGUAGGACUCUGUUUGAUAGUAACAACGUGUUGCUCAUGCUAAGGACGAGGCCGAAGUUCGAUGUGAUCCUCGUCGAGUCGCAUAAUAGUGACUGCGGCAUAGCGCUAGCUGCAAAUCUCAGCGCACCGUACAUAGCGUUCAAUCCGCACCCAAUACAACCAUGGCAGUUUAACAGAUUGGGGAUCAAUUUCAACAGUGCUUACGUUUCUCAAUCGGUGCUGCCGUACGGCCGGCAGCCGUGGUUCCUAGAAAGGCUGAAGAGUUACGUGGUGUAUCAUGUAGCGAACUGGGUGUAUUACGUAGCGUCUCAAGUGACCGACCAUGUGUUCUUGUACAAGUAUUUAGGUGAUAAUUUGCCUUCGCUGGAGAGUUUGGCGAGUAACGCGAGCCUCGUGCUGGUGAACUCUCACCCGUCGGUGUUCGGGGGUGUCCCACGCCCCGACAAUGUUGUCGAUAUUGGCGGCAUCCAUGUGAGGCCCUCGAAAAUCCUUCCCACGGAAAUCGAAAGGUUCAUUACUGAAGCAGAACACGGGGUACUGUACGUCAAUUUGGGGUCAACUGUAAAAGACUCCACUUUACCGAAGGAGAAACUGAACUCUUUUCUAGACACAUUCUCGAAGAUUCCUUUACGAAUCCUUUGGAAGUGGGACAGUGAUGAAGAAGUGGACCUUCCCUCAAAUGUGAUGACGAUGAAGUGGCUACCUCAAUACGAUAUUCUAAGGCACCACAACGUCAAAGCUUUUAUCUCGCAUGCCAGUAUUCUCAGCACAAUAGAGGCAUUUGAUGUUGGCAUCCCAGUGGUGGCGAUCCCUCUUUUCGGAGAUCAGUUUGGAAACGCAGCGGCUCUGAGAGACGCGGGCAUCGCGACCGUCGUGGACUAUCAGGACCUGACGAAGGACUUCCUGUUAGACGCUAUUAAUGAUGUACUGGAUCAUCAAGUUCAACAACGCGCUACCCGAAUUUCUCGAAUAUGGCACGACCGUCCUAUGUCCGCCUUGGAAACUGCCAUCUACUGGACAGAAUACGUAGCUCGACAUAAAGGAGCUCCCAACUUAGCAGCGACAUCUGUCCAUCUUCCCUUGUACCAACAGCUACAACUUGACGUUUUAGCGUUUGUUGCUAUUGUUCUUUACAUACUGACUCUUGUAAUGUACAAAAUACUGUGUUUUUGUUGUUGCUGCUGUUGCAAUAAUGAUGCGGAAUCUCAAUCGGCAUUUGUAGAAGAGAAAAGAAGUAAAAGGGUGAAAUUCGAAUAAAAUGCACAUGGAUUAGUGGUGCUUGGGUUUUAUAGAAAAAGUUCAGAAACUUUUAACAAGAGGGCUCUGAAUCGAUUAAUUUUGACGAUGAUAGUGACGAUGUUGCUGUGUGCCGUCCAAAGAGGAAUGUUGACCUAUUAUAAUUUAUUGUACCAAUAAAUAAAGAGUUAACAUAUG